AUGAAUAGUAGUUAUUUCAGCCCAACCCAUUUUUCAAAUUUCAUAUCAAUUCACGUUCCACGUCUAAAACAUAUCUUUGUACAUCAGUUCCUUAAAUCGCUUAAGGAAAUAAAACCUAAAAUACCGGUUUUAAUUGUUCUAAAUCAUUCAAAACCUUCAAUUAGAAAUUAUAUCAACGGAGAACUGUUUGUAAAGUUCAGAUUCUUUCAAAAUCUUGAUAGUAUUGAUCUUUGUCUACGUCAAUUACUUUGUGAAUUUGAAUUCACAUCGAAAAAAGAAGAUAUUCUUAAUUCCUUCGAAAAUAAUGAAUUUACUCUUGUUACAACAUUAGGCAAUGAAUUAAUUGCUAAAAAUUUAUUCAUUUCAGCUUCUGAUUUAAUACGUCCAGUUAAAAUUUUCAUGACUACUCAAUCAAUCCUUGAAGAACUCACAGACAAUACAUUUCUCUUAUAUUCAAGGGAUUAUUCCAAAUUUACCCAUUUUAAUGGCAGUUCUGAUGUUUAUUACAAAAAUGUCAAUAGCGAUACCAAAUUUUAUACGGUAAACAGUGUUCUUAAGGCAGAUAAUUCACAUAUGUUCAUUCUAAAGAACGAUUUAUACAUCGAAGAGAAGAUAAAUAUCUCAGAAAUCAUAAGUAGAGUAGAAAAUAUCCAUUUUCUCAGUGAAAAUAUAAUAGAAACACUCCUCGAGAUCUUUAAUAUCGAUGUUGAAGAUGAUUCCCUUUGUAUUUUUAAAGUUAAGAAUGAAAAUGGAAAAAUUGAGUAUUUUAUCAAAAAUGUUUAUGAUUAUCGAGAAUUACUAGAAGACAGAGGAUUUUGGAGACAAGUACAUAUGUCAGAAACUCACAGUGGCCUUGUUCAAGGCAAAAUUCUGAAUGUAAACUCAUAUAAUUUCAAACGCUUCAUAAAUCAGACCUAUUCCAUCCCAGUUAUUCUUUAUUAUGAUCAUACGACGCCAACAUCAGUUCUGAACAGUUUUAUUGAAGCUGCAAAAAUUAUGGAAGAUUAUCCAGACAUAAAGAUCAAAUGCGGACUCUUUAAUACAGAAUUAAAUGAGAAUAAAAUGAAUAUGCCUUAUCCAAAGGAUAUUCCCACUCUAAUUGCAACAACUCCGUUUCAAAUUUUCUCAAAAUUUUCUGGAGAAUUUACUCCACAAGAAAUCGUUUAUUUUAUGCAAGCAGCAGCCAUUGUAUAUAAUUCAAUGGAAAUUGAGGCAAUUCCUGAAGAUUAUUCCUUUGAUGUUCCGAAAUCAUAUAUUUCUGAUUUCUUAAAAGGUAUUUUUGUCAAAUGUGAUCCAUUUGGAGCAGGUUCUUACUAUGAUUACAGGUAUUUCAUGGAAGAUGGCGAUUUUAUGAGCGAUAACAGUAUUUAUCGCGAUGAAAGCACUUUCCAACUGUAUGAUGGUAUUGACUCUAGUGAGGAAAACUCUAUGUCAAGGCACCAUCAUGGUCAUCCGUUCUUAAGAGCAAAUUACGCAAAUAUUUACGAUGUAAUCGGAUCUCUCAAGCAUAGCGAUGUCAUGAUGCAUGAUAAGAAUCAUAAGGAACAGCUUCAAGCGCUAAUUGAAAAAUAUGGAAACUUUUAA